UCAACAGCUUGUGGUGUAUGUACAACUGAACAGCUUGUCUGACUGCAUCAAGCAGCAUAGCAAAUCGCUCAAGUACAGUUCAAGUAACAGAAUGGCAGAGUCUGGGAGAGAUAAAGACAGUUCCAUCCAGAACAUCCGCACUGUGUACAGUAUCAAGAACCCUGAGGAGAAAGUAAAGUUUUAUAACACAUGGGCAACAAGAUAUGAGAAGGAUCUUGCAUUGAUAAAUUAUCAGGCUCACAUCUUUGCUGCUGAGAUACUGGACCCUGUAUUUCCCAAAAAGCGAGAGGAUGCUCUCGUCCUGGACAUUGCCUGUGGAACAGGAGGGGUUGCUGAACAGCUGCAGAAACGGGGAUUUAGGAAUUUCCAUGGAAUAGAUGGCAGUGAAGGGAUGUUGAAAAUAGCUGAAUCCAAAGGGCUGUAUCAGAAUCUGAAGAAGUGUCUGAUUGUUCCAGGUGAACGACUCCCUGUGUCUUCAGAUGCCUAUGAUUUAGUGGUAGUUGCUGGUGCUCUGUCCUAUGGACUACUGUCUUUGGAUGUCCUUCCCGAGUUGCUGAGAGUCACAAAGCCAGGAGGUUAUCUCUGUUUCUCUGCUAAAGAUGAAAGGGACAGUGAUUACAUGCAGCAGCUUCAUGUUUCCAUGGAUGAACUGGAGAGCAAAGGUCUGUGGACCAAGGUUGUGAAGCAAAAUAUUGAGAGUUGGCAAAAGGUUGUGCUGGAAACGGAGCCAAGCUCAGAGUACAUCCCAGGACUUGUGGCCAUUUAUAGAAAAAGUGGUUAACAUUUUGUCAGUUCUAUUUUUCAAUCAGUGCUAUUAUCACGUAUAUUAGGCACACUGCUGCCAAUGUACACAAUAAAAU